AGUGAGAAACAUUAGAAUCGAUACAAUUCGAGUUGGAGAUUCAAACAACAAUCAACAAAGUCAAAUAAUAAACUAAGUUUUUCUGAGUUAAUUUUUAAAGUGAUCAAAUUUAAUUCAUCAAAAAUGAACAAACAAUUGUUAUUCUUCAUUUUCGUUUCUUCUCUUGUUCUUUGUGUUUCGUUGGUUCGAGCUGAAGAAGAAGAGUUUGACGAUUCUUUGGACGGUCAACAAGAAGAGGCUAUUUUAGAAAGAGAAAGACGAGAUAUCUCAGUCGAUUUAGAAGGAGCCGAAUCAGCGGUUGCUGGUGGUGGAGGUGCUGGUCUUGCUGCUUUCAAGAAAGGUGCUGCUGGUGGCGGAGCUGCUGGAUAUCAAGCUGGUGGAGCAGGAAAAGCUGGUUAUGCUGCUGGAGCCAAGGGUGCUAAAGGUGGUGCUGCUUAUGGAGCCGCUGGAGCCGCUGGUGGUUCGAAGGGAGCUGCUGCCAAGGGUGGAUUCGCUUCUGGAGCUUUUGGUAAAAAGUAUGGAAAGAAAGGAGGAUUCGCUAAAGCCGGUGGUGCUGGAUACAAUAAGAAAGUGGGUCUUGUCAAGAAAUUCGGAAUGAGCCAAGGAUUCAAAUUCGGUAAAGCCGCUGGUUAUGGUGCUGCUGGAGGUGCUGUCGGAGGUAAAGCCGCCAAAGGAGGUUAUGCUGGAGCUUCAGGAGCAGCUGGAUACAAGGGAGGUAAAGUCGGCGGUGCUAAAGGUUAUGCUGCUGGAACUAAGGGAGCAGCUGGAGGCAAAUCCGGAGUCGCUGGAGCUGGUGGAUUCAAGAAAGCCGUUGGUGCUGCAGGAGCUGCUGCUGGAGUUGAAAAAAUCGGUGGAGGAGCUGGUUAUGGAUUCGGUAGGUAAAUUUUAUCAACUCUCAACUCAUAACUAAAAGCCAAAGUAAACUUAACUAAAAACUUUUACCACAAUGAAAACAAAUCAAACAAAACUUUGCCAAUCAAUUUCAAUUUAAUCUUUGCAAACACCAAAUCGAUAACCGAUCCAAUCAUAAUAAGUCGAAGCUCAAGUAAAAAAAGUUUCAAAAGUUUUUCUGUGAUCAAUAAAAAAAAUUCACAAACACAAUCCAUUCAAUGUUUUC